AUGACAGCCUUUGGCGGUACACUUGUAUCGCGUCCACCAGACGACCCAGCGUCAUUUCUCCCCCUGCAAAGCUUGAGCGUCCAGCAACACCACCACCACUCACAACACCAUCGCCAGCAGAGCCUAAACUAUUCACUGACAACGCCGUUGCCACCACUUCCACCAAAACCCCACGAAUCAAUAGAGAAAGGCGACCAACGCAGAACUCGACAGGCGCGCAAACCUUCUCCGGGACUCGCAGCACGGCUCAAGGCGUUGGGCUUUGGAAAAGACACGACCAAACCCAAAACCACUUCACUCUCCCCCGCCGCCGACCGAAUCGGACGGAUCCCAGAGGAUCAACUUCGACAGCUCGACUACAUUCACCGCACUAGCUCGGCCCAGUCUGGCAUCAUUGAACGACGAGGACGAGCCUGGAGCGGCACCAGUGGCCACUUAACACCGCAGGUCACUGGUGGGAGUUACAACGGCUCAUUCAACGGCUCCUUUACAUCUGGCGAUUCGCGAGUCUUCGAAGGGGGCACCCGCUAUAGGUCACCAUCUCUCGCAAGUUCGGGCGCAGGCGAUAGAACGAUGGCCACGUAUGCCGAGCAUGUCGAUAUGGACUCGCACCAGAAAUAUCGAUUACCAGAACAUGUCAAUGGAAAUGGCACCAAGGCACUUUCCGACACUAAGCAAGCGCACUUGGAGCGAGUGAGCAGUCCUGCAGAACUCGACAUUCCGCCUGCGCCCAUCUCAAAAGACACCCCGCCUGGUGGAACCACACCCUCUGAAUCCUCUGCAGAUGGCUCAUACUUCAACCCCUUUGGAUUGCAACGUGCCGGAUCUGUCUACACCCUUUCUCGAGUUUCCUUUGCCAACCAACUUGCACAAUUGACUUCCUUACAGUUACCCGAUGCGGAGUCGCUCUCUACCAAGGUUUCCGCCAUACCAAAUUCGAAGGCUGCGUCCAAAGCAUUAAUGGGAGCCGCGGAGCAAAUUCGUAGUUGGAUACAGAAGGCUUCUGAGGUCAUCUCUGGAUUGGAUGGGGAGGAUGACGUAGAAUGGGCUGCGGCUGGUGGUCGAGAGGGAUUGGCAGAGGUGGACAAUGCUAUUACACGAUUUGAGCAGCUUAUCAACGUCUAUGUUUCUGCCAUAGAAUCGCUACAGAACCGACCCGAUAUUGCAACUGUCACCGCGGGCGAGCUUCAGAAAGUGGUCCUACAAGUCGAGACAAUACUCAAGGAAUGGGACAAAAUUAAGAAGAUGCUGAAAGGAGUCAAGAACUCGGUGGAGAUUGCCAUGGAGUGGGAAGAAUUAUGGAAUACCGUACUUGGAGAUAUUGGGAACGAAAUCGAUGUUCUUAAGCGCUUAGUAUUCGAAAUGGAGGAGAAGAGACACAGGUCGUUAAUGCAGGAGUCAAAUAGUGAUGGUUUGGAUAUAAACGAGUUGGAAACUAUCGUCGAGGAGACGCCACCUGCGAAAACGAGAUUGCAAGCCAACAGCCGAUUUGGCGUGGGACCAGCUUUUCCACUCAGCCCAAAUUCACCCAAUCCAAUUAUGGCACAGGACGAUUCGAGUUUAUUGGCGUUAUUCGCGCGAAUGCAGCCCCUUCGGGCGUCACUAGACUUUCUCCCUAUGCGCCUAUCUUCGUUUCACGCUCGAGCAUCCGAUAUAUUUCCUACAGCAUGUGAAGAGCUUGAGAUGAGGAGGACUGCGUUAGAGAAUGGUUGGAAAGCCCUCGAAAAGGAUGCGGAAUCUCUACGGAAGGAGCUUGGAGAGGAUCGAUGGGUGCUGGUAUUCCGGGGAGCUGGGCGACAAGCGCAGAAGAUGUACGAAUCCGUGGAACGAAGUGUGACAAAGUUGGGAGAGGCUGUCGAAGGAGGUGUGCACCUGAAUAACCCAGCUACCAUGGGAAAGCAGAUUGAGAGCUACGAAGCAAAGAAGAUGCAUUAUGGUCCUGCGAUCGAGCGAGUAUUGUCGAUUAUUGAGAGGGGUGUCAAAGACCGUUUGACUGUCAAUGGGGAGAUUCUCAGGCUUCAUUCGGAGAUGCAAAACAAGUGGGAUACUUUGAAACAGCAUAUGCAUGAUUUGGAUAUCAGCUUAGAUGAGAUUCAGGCAGACAAGAGGAAUCAACAGUUGCGCGAUUCGAUAUCUAGUAUGGUAUCAAAUGAUCGUUCUACACUCGCUAGCCACAACGGAACUCCUGGAAGCUCACCUGCAUCGUCAGUUGUUAUGACUGGGCUUAAUGGAGGCUUCGAUCCUACGACACCAUUGAAGAAUGGCAAGCUUCGUGGAAAGCAAAGUGCCCUCCCCGCAACUACAAAACGACACUCGAGUUACUCCGCCGGACAAUUGCCACAGCGUCAGGGUCUUACUCGACUCGCACCACAUCCGUCUCGCGGCUCAUCUGUAUCGCCUUCACCUGCGCGAACUUUAUCUAGGCAAGGUUCUGCGACCCCAACAACAGGUUCCAGAUAUUCUUACAAUGCCGCUCUAGAUGGGAGGCCACGAUGGAACUCUAGUGUGAACACUAAAGAUACCAUCAUUGGCCAUAAUUUCAAACCUCUCAGUCUUACUACAACAAGUCCCCAUGCUCGCACAACACCUAAUCUCAAAGUCACUCAUUCAUCAGCGUCAGAUUCCAAGAUACCUCUUCGAUCGCCGUUAAGUUUCAGCCGAGAGAAUACUGCAUCCCCAGCUCCACAUAGAACACCAUCACGUACUUCUACUUCACGCCUAGCUUACCGAGACCGUAUUGCUAGUCCUGGGCCUUACUCUCAGUUGACUCUCUCCAAGUCGUCACCGAUAAAUCAAAUCAAAUCUAGUCCAGGUCCUUAUUCCCAACAUACUCUUUCCCAAGCAUCACCAGGUCGUCCCCGACUGCUCACUACAAAAUCUUCGAUGUCCGCGCUUACCAACACAACCAAUAUGGCAAGUCGUCGAGCUUCAAUGCAGCCGAAGUCUAGCGAUCCUACCCCUGCUGCCAGACCACCCCGUCCUGCUAGCUCAUUGGCUGUCAAUAGACGUGUGAGCUUACUACCGCAACCCAAAGGUCGAUUGGCAUCGGGCUCGAUCGGCGAGAAUAGUCCACAAGCUAUUUCUCGUCCUACUAGUGCGAUGAGAAGAGGGACCACCGGAGCGAAGACACCACAAAAACCUUGGCGAGCAUAA